AUGCUCUCUUCCACUCCAGCCACCCUCUCUCGUCCAUCAAUUCCUCAAACAUGGACAUCUCUAGCCAAUAUAACGGAAGCUCCAAGACAAGAGCAUAUUACUGUCUUUCUAACUCCGUCAACAAUCAACAUCCUAAGAAGAAUCGUCCUAAGUGAUACGAUCAUCUCGACGACAUCUUUAAUGUAUUUCUACUCGAUCUCCCAGAACUCUUGGAAAACCAUGGCUCCGAUCCCGAACCCGAUGAACUACAUCAACGCAACUAUGAGUGGCGGAAAUAUUUAUGUUCUCGGUAGGCUUGCAUAUACGUCUGAAGGAAAUUGGAGUGCCAUCCCAGAUGUGUUGGCAUACAAUCCAAAGAAGAAUGAAUGGGAGAUAGUUGCUCAGCUGCCAGCAACAGAAGCUAUAGGUAGUGCAGCGCUAGGUGGAUUGGGGGCCCUGGAGCCUGUGAGAAACAGGUACCAGGAUAACGUUGACGUGGUAUCGGUCUUUGAAAACUCCGUUGAGGGUUCGAAAUGUUGGACGCCGCAAAGAGGAUUCCCGAGGGCAGAGAUCACGCCGGCGCAGCUAAGGGAACAGAGGCCAAUACAACGGAAAAUACCGGUGUUCAUCCUUGAUCCCUGCAUUAUCGGAGCAGGCUGGAAAGCUAGUGAGGCAAAGAUACCAACAGCACGUGGAGGUGUCUCAGCAGGCGUCGCCAGAAAAAACAUAUACACCUUCAGUGGAGAAGGGAAUUGUGAAGCCGAAUCCGGACUGUUCAAUCAGACGGAGGUGUACGAUAUCGAAACUAACAACUGGCAAAGGCUCGCCCCGGCGAAAGUGGCAAGACAUGGAACGUCAGCUGUGGGUGUUAGAGGAAAGAUGUAUAUCCCGGGUGGUGGUGUCUUGAAAGGAUGUCCCAUUGCUACCUUUGAUGCUUUACUCCCUAACUUAAUGGAGGGAGAACGAGAUGUUUUAAAUUCCGGCAAGACGUCAGCCAGGCGGGCCUAG